AUGAUCAACCGUCGGCCCUCCUCAACGUCACCGUCCCCAGAUCUGAAGGUUGAAAGAUCUGAAUGGGAAGCCCGAUACAUCCAUCCACCUAAGACUAAAGAAACUGGUGCUGUGACAACCGAAACGGCUAAGUUGGAAAAAGAAACUUCAGCCGAGGCAUCUAACAAUGAUUCUGAUAUUAAGGAAACAGAGGAGCUUGACCUGAAACGUUCUAAAUAUGACAUCCGGGUUGCAAAUGCUCUGAUGAAAGCAUAUGUUACAGAGGGUAUGAUUGAAAAGGCCAUUGCUCUCAAGAAGCGUGCCAAGAUGCGCGGAGGAAGGCUUAACGCGAAGAGGUGGGAGAUUUUCAUGAAGCACUAUCUCAAGGUAGGGGAUCUGAAGAAUACCCAUUGGUGCGCCGACUGCGCAGUCAAGAAGGGACACAGCAGCGGCAGGAUUUGGGUGCCGCCACAUGACGUGACCAAGACCUUGAUGGGCUACUUUGAGAAGAAGAAAGACGUGGACGGCGCUGAGAGUUUUGUCGAGGUGCUAAAGAAGGUUCAGAAAGAUCUGGGGACGGUGGUGUUUGAGCCGCUGGUACGGACGUACGCGGCGGCUGGGAAGAAGUUCCCCGGGAUGCGACACCGUCUGAAGAUCGAAAAUGUGAAACUCAGUGAGGAAACUGACAAGCUGGUCGAUUCCAUCUGUGUUGAUUGA